AUGGCCACGCCGGCUCCGUUACCUCUGACUUUUGAGGAUGUUGCCAUUUAUUUCUCGGAGCAGGAAUGGCAGAAUCUAGAGGCAUGGCAGAAGGAGCUGUACAAGCACGUAAUGAGAGCCAAUUACGAGACGCUUGUCUCUCUAGGUGAUGGACUUCCCAAACCAAAACUAAUAUCCUGGAUUGAACAGGGGAGAGAGCCCUUCAGGAAUUGGGGAGAAUCACAGAAGUCGGGAAAUAUAAUUUGCUCCUCUACUGAUGUCCAUUUUGAUCCACUUAUUGAGCAACAACUGUUUUGGGUUUCAGGAAGCCAGCAUGCUGUGAAUUCAGGAGAAACUGAGUGCCAUUUCCAAUUAGAUCCUCUUCAUAGCCAGUAUUCCUUUGGACCCUUUUUAGGAGAAAAAGAAGACAUUUCCCUCAGGCCUAAUCAAGGUGUCACCCUCAUGAGCCCACAGAGACAUGACACACGGGCUCUAACUCCAGUAGUUCACAGCUGCUGCGAAUCUGCCCAAAGAGAAGGAAUCCCAAGUCACAGAACUCUGGGUCUCCCUGGCUUUCAGGAAGUCCCCUCCUGGGAGAGCACCCAGCACCCUUGCCCUGUCUGCAGGGAAAGCUUUUGGAAGAAGAACUACUUAGUGGAGCACGAGAGGAACCACUUGAAGGACCCUCCAUGUAGGGUCUGGAAGAAAUUCAACAAACGAGCUGAUGCCCAGCUACAGUGGAAUAUCACUUGGGCACAGAGACACUUGCGAUGUCACCAGUGCGGUAAGAGCUUCCGCCUGAAGCAGUAUUUGCUGAGACAUCUGGCUGCCCAUAUAGGGAAGAGCCCUUUCCAGUGCCCUGAAUGUAAGAUGUGCUUCCAUCAUGAGCAGACUCUUCUCAGCCACCACCUCAUGCACAAGGGGGAGAAGCCUUCCCAGCACCCCAAAUGUGACAAGAGUUUUCUCCCAGUGAGUGGCCUUCUGAAAGUCCACCAGCAUGCACACAGUGGAGAGAGACUGUUCUCCUGCAGGAAGUGUGGCAGGGGCUUCAGCAAACAGUGUAAACUCACAGAGCACAUCCGAGUCCACAGCGGGGAGAAGCCCUUCUGGUGUGCCGAGUGUGGCAGGAACUUCCGCCAGAGGGGACAGCUGCUGAGGCACCAGCGGCUGCACACAGACGAGAAGCCCUUUCAAUGCCCGGAGUGUGAGGGCAGCUUCCGCCUGAAGAGCAUGUUGAGAGCCCACCAGCUCCGACACAGCGGGGAGAGACCAUUCUCCUGCACUGAGUGUGGCAGAGGCUUUUCCCACCAGUGUAAGCUCCGUGAGCACCUGAGAGUGCACAGCGGGGAGAGGCCCUUCCAGUGCCCAGAGUGUGACAAGAGCUUCCGCCUGAAGGGCAUCCUGAAGGCCCACCAGCGCACCCACAGUAAGGAGAGGCCGUUCUCAUGUGGGGAGUGUGGCAAGGGCUUCACCAGACAGUCCAAGCUCACGGAACACUUCCGCGUGCACAGCGGGGAGAGGCCCUUCCAGUGCACAGAGUGCGACAGGAGUUUCCGCUUGAAGGGGCAGCUGCUGAGCCACCAGCGCCUGCACACAGGAGAGAGACCGUUCCAGUGCCCUGAGUGCAACAAGAGCUAUCGCGUGAAGGCUGACAUGAAAGCUCACCAGCUGCUGCACAGUGGGGAGAUGCCUUUCUCUUGUGAGUGUGGUAAGGGCUUUGCUAAGCAGUCUAAACUCAUCGAACACAUCAGGACGCACACAGGAGAGAAGCCUUUUCAGUGUCCCAAAUGUGACAAGAGUUUCCGCUUGAAGGCACAGCUGCUCAGCCACCAAGGUCUGCACACAGGGGAGAGACCUUUCCACUGCCCUGAAUGUGAUAAAAACUUCCGGGAAAGGGGACACAUGCUUAGGCAUCAGCGCAUACACAGGCCUGAGAGGCCCUUUGCCUGUGGUGACUGUGGGAAGGGCUUCAUUUAUAAGUCUAAACUUGCUGAACACAUCAGAGUGCACACAAAAUCCUACCAUGCUCCAAAUGAGCCUGAUGUGAAGAAGAGGCUUAGCCAACUGUUUGCAAUGAUAGAGGCUGACUGGAGUUGAGGCAGAGUGGGACACCCAAAGCAGGGAGCAGAGUUGAUGCUGCCUGGGAAUCCACAGCAGCAGUAGCCAGAGUCCCUGGUAGACAGAUUUUAGGAACAGGGGUCCUUCUUUGAGCGAGAAUAUAGUACAAGUUAGGAAUAUGAGAAACCACAAACAAUUUUCUCUUUUGAAACAUCAUCAAUUAUAUUUCCUGUCAUUGAAUAAAAGAAAUACUUGUUCUUCCUACCUCUUGGGUGGUAAUUUUUGCUGAAAUACUAACCCAGCUCUAAAAUCUCAGCUUAAAUUGACAAGGAAAUUCCUCCACUUCCAUUCUCAAAGCUGAAAGCGUGGCUAUUAAAUGGCAAUUCCACUUUUUUUUUUCUUUUCAGAGUAUGAUCAUAAAGUGUGAGUUAAAUCUGGUGAACUUUGUUGCAGGCCUAAUAGCCUCUUGGAUUUGGUUUUGGUUGAUUUAUUUUGGAAAUGAUAGCAAUAAAAUGAAUUUUCUGAAUCUUA